ACCGGCGCCGCGGGCGCCAUGGAGCAGUGGCGGCAAUGCGGCCGCUGGCUCAUCGAUUGCAAGGUCCUGCCGCCCAACCAUCGUGUCGUGUGGCCCUCGGCGGUGGUCUUCGACCUGGCGCAGGCGCUGCGCGACGGCGUCCUGCUGUGCCAGCUGCUGCACAACCUCUCCCCCGGCUCCAUCGACCUGAAGGACAUUAACUUCCGGCCGCAGAUGUCCCAGUUCCUGUGUUUGAAGAAUAUUCGCACCUUCCUCAAAGUCUGCCACGACAAAUUUGGACUAAGGAACAGUGAAUUGUUUGACCCCUUUGACCUCUUUGAUGUCCGAGACUUCGGGAAGGUCAUCUCUGCAGUGUCCCGACUGUCUCUGCACAGCAUCGCCCAGAACAAAGGGAUCAGGCCUUUUCCCUCGGAGGAGACAGCUGAGGAUGAUGAUGUCUACCGAAGCCUGGAAGAGCUGGCCGAUGAACAUGACCUGGGUGAGGACAUCUAUGACUGUGUCCCGUGUGAAGAUGAAGGGGAUGACAUCUAUGAAGACAUCAUCAAGGUGGAGGUGCAGCAGCCCAUGAUCAGAUACAUGCAGAAAAUGGGCAUGACUGAGGAUGACAAGAGAAGCUGCUGCUUGUUGGAGAUUCAGGAGACCGAGGCCAAAUACUACCGCACCCUGGAGGACAUCGAGAAGAACUACGUGGGCCCCCUGCGGCUGGUGCUGAGCCCGGCGGACAUGGCUGCCAUCUUCAUCAACCUGGAGGACCUCAUCAAGGUGCACCACAGCUUUCUGCGGGCCAUUGAUGUGUCCAUGAUGGCUGGUGGCAGCACCCUGGCCAAGGUCUUCCUGGAGUUCAAGGAAAGGCUCCUGAUUUACGGAGAGUACUGCAGCCACAUGGAGCAUGCUCAGAGUACACUGAACCAGCUCCUCGCCAGCCGGGAGGAUUUCAGGCAGAAAGUGGAGGAGUGCACGCUCAAGGUCCAGGAUGGCAAGUUCAAGCUGCAAGAUCUGCUGGUGGUGCCCAUGCAACGGGUGCUGAAGUACCACCUGCUGCUCAAGGAACUCCUGAGCCAUUCUGCAGACCGGCCAGAGAGACAACAGCUGAAGGAAGCGCUGGAAGCCAUGCAGGACUUGGCCAUGUAUAUCAACGAAGUGAAACGGGACAAAGAGACCUUGAAGAAGAUCAGCGAGUUCCAGUGCUCCAUAGAAAACCUGCAAGUGAAGCUGGAGGAAUUUGGAAGGCCGAAGAUUGAUGGGGAACUGAAAGUCCGAUCCAUAGUCAACCACACCAAGCAAGACAGGUACCUGUUCCUGUUUGACAAGGUGGUCAUCGUGUGUAAGAGGAAGGGUUACAGCUAUGAGCUGAAGGAGGUCAUUGAGCUGCUCUUCCACAAGAUGACUGAUGACCCCAUGCACAACAAGGACAUUAAGAAGUCUCAUGGGAAGAUGUGGUCCUAUGGCUUCUACCUGAUUCACCUCCAAGGAAAGCAAGGCUUCCAGUUCUUCUGCAAGACGGAAGACAUGAAGCGGAAGUGGAUGGAGCAGUUCGAGAUGGCCAUGUCAAACAUCAAGCCGGACAAGGCCAAUGCCAACCAUCAUAGCUUCCAGAUGUACACGUUUGACAAGACUACCAGCUGCAAGGCCUGUAAGAUGUUCCUCAGGGGUACCUUCUACCAGGGUUACUUGUGUACCAGAUGUGGUGUCGGAGCACACAAGGAGUGUCUGGAGGUGAUACCCCCCUGCAAGAUCAGUUCUCCUGCAGACUCGGAUGCUCCUGGAGCCGGACCAGGUCCCAAGAUGGUGGCUGUGCAGAAUUACCACGGUAACCCAGCCCCUCCCGGGAAGCCCGUGUUGACCUUCCAGACAGGGGAUGUAAUAGAGCUGCUCCGGGGUGACCCCGAUUCUCCUUGGUGGGAGGGGCGACUGGUUCAAACCCGGAAGUCAGGGUAUUUUCCCAGCUCAUCCGUGAAGCCCUGCCCAGUGGAUGGAAGGCCACCUAUAGGCCGCCCGCCAUCCCGGGAGAUUGAUUACACUGCAUAUCCCUGGUUUGCUGGCAACAUGGAACGUCAGCAGACGGACAAUCUGCUCAAGUCUCAUCCCAGUGGGACCUACCUCAUCAGAGAGCGACCAGCAGAGGCCGAGCGCUUUGCCAUCAGCAUCAAGUUCAAUGAUGAGGUGAAGCAUAUCAAGGUAGUGGAGAAAGACAACUGGAUCCACAUCACUGAAGCCAAGAAGUUUGAGAGCCUCCUGGAGCUGGUGGAGUACUACCAGUGCCAUUCACUCAAAGAAAGCUUCAAGCAACUGGACACUACACUCAAGUUCCCCUACAAGUCCCGGGAGCGCGCCGCCACCAGGGCCUCAAGCCGGUCCCCAGCUUCCUGUGCUUCCUACAACUUUUCUUUUCUCAGUCCUCAGGGCCUCAGCUUUGCCCCUCAGGGCCCCUCCGCUCCCUUCUGGUCAGUGUUCACACCACGGGUCAUUGGCACAGCUGUGGCCAGGUACAACUUUGCUGCACGGGACAUGCGGGAGCUGUCACUUCGGGAAGGUGAUGUGGUAAAGAUCUACAGCCGAAUUGGUGGGGACCAGGGCUGGUGGAAAGGCGAGACGAAUGGACGGAUCGGUUGGUUUCCUUCGACGUACGUGGAAGAGGAGGGCAUCCAGUGAGGGCGAGACAUGGAUGGACUCACGGAUGUUCUUGGGAGUCUCCCCACCUCUGAAGUCCACCUCUGGCUUCUCCAUGGCUCCAGGAACUGCCUGCCAAGCCUGCAGCUGUUACCGCCCACAGGGAUGGGGAAGGUGUUCCACCAUCACCUGCCCUGGGUGGCCUGUCCCUGGGUACAUUCCUUGUACAUAGAGGAAACCUGUGCUGGCCACACCUAGAGCACCACGGAGAGGGAGCUCAGGCAAUGUGGCCAGGUGGGUGUGGAUGACAGCCAAGGUCAGAAGCCACCACCUGACUCUCUGGUUUAGAUGUUCAGGAGCCCAGAACUCAACUCAUUGUGUGCCAGGGAGGGCUGGGGACAGCAGGGAGGGCCCUUCCCAGCCCCAUCUGCUCGGCCCUGCCCUGAUCUGCCUGUCUUUUCUGCUGCUCUCUAGAGUGGGUGUCAGGCCUUGGGAGGCAGGCAGGACCAGACCGUGCUGUAGCACCCACUAGGCCCAUCCGUGGUGCAGGAUCAGAGCUUGCACAGGGUCCACCGGGUCAUGCUGGCUCUGCGGCUUUCCCUGACCACCUCCCUUCCCAACACGUCAGGGUCCUGCUGAGCUAACUGGCAAGCCCCUCUCUCUCUGGAGGGGCCUUUGGAACGAUGGCAUUGCUAACCCACCCCCAGCCCACCCCAGUCAGUGGUACUGCUCUUUGCUCAUUGACGCCUCUUUCCUGAGGUCUUCCCUGUCCUGCUGCCAGGGGACACAUCUGCGAACCCCAAAGGGCAGGGGAGAGGCCCAGGUUCCCCUCCCCACUGCCUCUCUUCUCUCCAGGAGGCACUCUUGGGUCUUCUGCAUUCCAAACCAUGGUCCCUAGGAGUCUGCUGGCCUUUGCACUAGAUGUUGGUUCUAGCCCUUGACAGGUGUCCCCACAAUGAUUCCUGCAGCCCACACACUGGACCUGUGGCCAACCCAAAAUAAGUGCUCUUGGGGUAUCUCAACCCCUUUAACCCCCCUCUCCUGGUGCUUCCUGGCCUUUGACCUCUGGCUUGGCCCACCCCUGUUUUCUCCCUACCCAGAAUUCCGCGUGAAAGCUUAUGUCAAGACACAGACUUCUUGGGGGCCCUUUCUCCAUCUAGCUGCCCAGUCCUGGGUGACGAGGGAACCAAGGCUAGGGUUUGAGUCAUUGUCCCUGCUGGAGUGGGACUGGGCACCACCUUGUACCUGGGCAUACUUUCCAAAGUUGGCCUCAUGUCCUCCAGCUUGGUGCCCACAUACAGCUUGCUGGGAUAUGGGGGGAGGCAAGGAGGAAUUCAGAUGAUGGGGAGCAACAGAAAGUGAGACAACCUGGAAAGUCUCAAGCUGUGAGAAGCUGGGAGUGAAAAGUUGGCUUGGAGAGAGUUGGGGGCACAGGCUGCUUUGCACAGUCCUCGGCCCGGCCUGCCCAGGGCCAGUGCAGGCUGAGGGGAGGCUCUGUCAGCCCCUUCUAUAUGAAUGCCCCGUGCUUUAGUUUUUUCUGGUUUUUGUUUGUUGUUGUUUUGUCCUGUUGUGUUUUGUUUUGCCCAUUUGUGUUUUAAAGGGGGGGAAAGUUGUAAUUAUUUCAUCUAAAUCUCCCAUUAUAUAUCUGUGAAUAAGAGACUCUAUAAUAGCAAAAUGAUGUAUAUUUUAGUUUGUCAUGAUAUAAGUCAUGAUAAUGAAGGACACUGAGAAAAAGAAUGAUCUAGAGCCCCGGUUUUGUGAAUGUUUUGUGUUUGUUUUGACGUUUGUAUUUGGUUUGGUUUUUUUUGCGCCACACUGAGCAGGGUGAUGGGAAGGCUGGGCAAGCUGGGCAAGCUGGUACAUAGGCACCUCUUCGAGAGACUGGGCGCCAUUUGAGGGCUGAGGACCGGGGGCCUGAGAUCAGCUGUGAACAUUUGCAGUGCAAUGCAUGCAAGUCAGGGAUGAGGGGUCCCACAGCCAGCAGCACCCCCUAAUGGAACAAUUGUACAUUUGCCAAUGGGUUUUCCUCCCCAGGCUACGGUUUUUACUACAAAUAAACCUACAUUCUAUUCUGCAGCCGUGGUUAACCUUUUGUGCCUGGGAGGGGGUUAGCUGGUGUCCUGAGUCCAGCAGGGUUUGUCCUACCCAAAGCCUGGCUGCCAAAUGGUCACCUCAGCCUGGGCUGGCACAGCAUCCAGCGGAAUCUACCAGGUGACCUUAGAUCAGGAACCUCAGUCUUCAGAGAUAAAAACAGCACUUUCUCCUUCAGGAUGAGUCCUAUGUGAUUUGAUAAAGAAAACCUAAGUAAUCAAGUGUUGUUUGCCCCCAUCAUCCCGUAGGGAAAAAGCAGCCCAUGCCUCAGGAUCCCAGGCCAUCCUUAGCCUGUCCUUCCCUCUUCAUGGUUACCUCGCUGCCCAGUGUGGCUCCUGCGGUUCCUGAUGGUGUAACUGUGGAAGGAAGCAGAGGCCCCUGUCAGCUGUUUAGCCAGCACCUUGUUGCAGGGCCACUCGUGGCUACAUUGAUGCUUGGAGGUGCACAGAGUGAGGGAGGCACAUGCUCACCCGCAGAACGUGGUGUCCUGUUACCAAGGAGAUGGAUCAAGGCCACCAGGGUGGGCAGCUGGCUGCCCUUGACAUAGGUGCACCUUGUGGGUUCCUGUGAAUGUUACAUGAGACUGGGAGGCACUUGGCUAGUGUGGGUUCUUCUUACAAAUGUCACCUGUGGCUGUGAUCUCACUACCGAGAGUGGAGGAGCCCACGCUACCCUGUCUCAGCCCUAGCACUCUGUGUGUCAAGGACUGUGAUCAUGGAUCCUUCCCAUUCGCCCAGGCAAGGUAAACAUGAAGAUUAUGUCCAUCCCAUCUUUAUCUAGUCCAUGUAGUGUGGUGGUCACCCUGUGUAUGCUCAGUCCCUUGUCCUGACACGCCUCCCCACAAUUGUUUGGACAUGUUCUCCCCAGCCUGUGAUGGCGUCAGCCACUGCAAUCUUCUGCAGGAUUUGUAACCAGAAGCCAUUGGGGAGUAGAGGGCAGAAGGACCCCAGGGCCUUCAGCCACCCAUCAGCCAGCUCCUGCUGAUUAGGUCCAGGACUUGCCCUCCUCACCUCCUCUGGGUCUCUUCUGCCUUGGUGGCCUACAUCCCCACCAUGUGGGCAGCCAGUAGAGGAAGCAACUCCCUCAAUCCUGCAGCCCUUUCUGGGAUAGUCUUGGGUGUCCCUCCUGGGCCACUGUACCCUGAGGGGCAGAGUCCUGGUUCCCAGUGGGCUCUGCAUCUUUCCUCAGAUGAUCUCUAUUACCUCUACUGUGAGGAAAAUCUCAGACUGAAGAUGUGGGUACAGAAGCCCAUAUCCUUGUAGUCCCAGACGUCAAGGUCAAGGCCAUCAGGUGUUUUUUUCUGCAGACUUCCUCCUUGGCUUGCAGUAGAAGUCUCUUGCUGUGGUCUCUGGUGAUCUUCCCUUGGCACACAUGUUUCUUCCUUUUCUCAAGAGCAUCCUAGCCUUGUUGGAUUAGGAGCCAGCAAGGACCUUUGCCUCUUAUAAGACCCAUCUCUGACUGUCCCUGGGAACUAGAGCUCAUGAGUUUCUGUUGCACAGUCCAUCCCUAGCCCUAUCCACAUCACAGCUACUGACCAUGCAUGUCCUCUGGUUGCCUGUCAGAGGAAAUGUAGUCGUUACCUGGUGGCCAGCCCACUUGACAUACUGCACUUCUAAACGAAGCAUAGGACACCAUGCUCUUGAAGUUAGAACACUGAAUUCUAAGUCUCCUGAGUAGCUGGUAGCUGACCUGGGAUGAGUCUGCACUCUCUACGUCUCCUUUAAUGCGCUUCUUCCACAGAGACCCUGGUGGUGUGAGCAUUUCAGUAUCCAGUCUGAGGUAAUGUGCUAACCAAUCACAGUUGACAGGCUUCCACUAUGUAAAUGGUUGCUCACAUGCCAUAAAGUAGACACUGUUCUCUGAAACUGUCUCUGGGGUGGUUUAUCUCCAAGCCCUUUACCUACCCACGAGCGGGGAUGCUGUCCUUUCACUGGAUGAUGUGGCCUCCAGGCUGGCAGAGCCCAACCUCCCUGUGCUGGUUUUAUGUCACCUUGGCACAAGCUACAGUCAUUCUGGAAGAGGGAACCUCAAUUGAGAAAAUUCCCUCACCAGAUUUGCCUAUGGGCAAAUCUACAGUACAUUUUCUUGAUUGAUGAUUGGUGUGAAAGGG